UUGCCGCUGCGAUAGGACAACGGAUGCAUGUCGUUUCUACGGACUUAUCAUCUGACGACUCAAUGUUUCUAUUCUGCAUCAUCGAUCUGAUGCACAUUUGUCUUUGCCUAUUAGAGAAUGGAUGAACGGCGAGCGCCGGAACAUAUUAAGCGCGACUCUCCCAGUAAACGCACCAGAGGAGUGGUAUCGCCAGAAGGAGACGAUGCAAGUGAGGCGAGUGCCUCGAGCUCAUCGCAAAAAGCCCGAAGGUUGGAUCAGGAGGGUUCCAGGUCUCGAACAGAUCCCGAGCAAGUGAAUCGCUUCUUGUUUGUCGACUCUUCGUCAGCAGGGCAGAGACCACGUUCCGAUCAGCGUGCAAUCAAUGCUCAUAUCCAACAAAAUGCCUACAGAAAUCGGCGGCAGGCCGCUCAGAGGCAGCGAGGCUCAGAUGGCGCCAACAUUGGACGAUUUAGACGGGAACCUCAGUUACAACCACGACCGACAGAGCCACAUCCGGUGGCGGAGCCUCAACGCGCACCCGUGCAGAGUGUUGAACGUGCAACACCUCCGUCGACGCCAGCCUCCUUCUCUCGUCACUCCUCAGUCUUCUCACCACCUGUACGUCUGGAACAGGGUCAGGUGGAACGAUUGAGACAUUAUAGCAGUGUCCGAGCACCAGAAGUCCGUGAAGCCGUCAAUGCUCAACGCGAAGAUGAACAACGAUCCGCGAGUGAAAGUCGUCGCAGUAUCACCCCUGAAGAUGAUCCAUUACUGGUUGAAAGCCCUUCUGUGAGAUCGAUGCUCACGCAAAUUCUUCAACGACUGGACGCAGGUCACGCCGGGCAUUCUCUUCCAGGGUCGCCCGGCUCAAGCUCAAGAAAUAUGGCCCUAGAUCCAUUCAAUCUCAGCACGGUAACCGUCACUCCAGCUAUGAAUGCUGUCCUACGCCAUUUUUCGGAUGUGAUGAUACCCAGUGUCUUCCCAACUCGACAGCAAGCAGAGAUUCAGACUCGGUGGGCUUUUGGGAAAGCAGCCCAAGAACCGCUUGUGCUGUACUCGCUGUUAGCAAUCUCAUCAGCAGAACGCAGCGCUCGUUUAGGAGAAUUGAGCAGUGGAGCACAAGAGACGACUUUUACAGAGGACGACUUAUUGAAUCGGCAAGCCCCAGAUUUUGUUUCGUACAAAGUCAACGCUGUCAAGCUCGCAAAUGAGACCAUGAGGUCAAUGGACACAGCAGCCAAAGCUUCCACCAUCUUCGCCAUGAUGUGUCUGUUGUCCAUAGAAGUCAUCACUGGCAACCAAAAAGAAAUCUUUGAUCAUGUCAGUGGACUUCAAAAGUUGAUUGCAUGGCGCGGCGGAUAUCAUGAUAUACCACCACAUGCGGUCGAGCUUAUACUGUCUACUUCCUAUAUGUGUGCCGCGAUGACGAGAAGCUUGCCUACGCCUCCGCCUACAUCUUCCUUGGCCCGCUUGCCGCAAAACCUGCUCGAUGAGAUAAAACGCAGUUUGAAGGAAGACACACAACAGAUGGGUGCAGGCAUCUUGAACCCUGAAGUUGACAACAUUCUUUACUGGAAGAUCUCACAAGCUUUCCGAGAUAUGACGGAUGUGGUCCAAUAUCGGGAAUAUUACCACGAAAAACAACUGCAACCUCUCGAACGAGAGCUCGAAUACAUCAACGCGAAAAGUUACCAGUUCAGGUAUGCGGUGCUCUCGGCCCCCUUUGAGCCACGACCGCCGACAAGCGACAAGGAGGAAGCCUGUCGACUUGCCUUGCUGAUUUUUUGCUUCUGCAAUUAUCAAGUAUCGCAGCCUGAUUCCGCAUUGAACCGAACAUUGACCACUCAACUCAAGACGGCUUUACAGGCAUCGGACCUGCGCGGACUGUGGCAACCACACCAUGAACUCUUGACUUGGGUGCUACUGUUGGGUGCAUUCCUGUCUGCUGGACAAAGAGAACGGCCAUGGUUUGUCCUGAAUCUUGCCAGAGUUUCAGGCGUGCUCGGAUUGAAAGACUGGAGCGACGUUCGGUCCGUGCUGUUGAAGUACUUUUACCUCGAUCGCAUCUAUGCACGAGGCAUGCAAGCCAGUUGGGAUGAGGCUGCAUUGCUGGCGGAAACGAUGGAAGAACUAUGAUAAUAUAAUAUCCUCUACCAUUUCUGCUGGGAACACUACCAAUCAUCACACGCGGUCUCUUUCGCUCUCUUGCUGCGUAGGCCGACUUGAUUGUAGUCCAGAUUUAGUCUAGCAAAGCAAGGGGUAGGGAUGGUCAUCCCUGAAGACUGCCGGACAUCUAGACUGCUUUGUUAGGCCGU